CAGUACUGUUAAAUUAUGACGGCGUUUUGAGGUCCUAAUCAACAAUGGAGGAAACGGAUAGGGAAGCAGUUGCAACAGCUGUUCAGAGAGUAGCAGGGAAUCUUCAGCGGCCUGAGGAUAAAGUGGAGCAGUAUCGCAGGAGGGAAGCUCGUAAGAAGGCUUCAGUAGAAGCUCGACUCAAGGCAGCAAUCCAGUCACAGUUAGAUGGAGUACGAACAGGUUUAAGUCAACUUCACAAUGCACUGAAUGAUGUGAAGGACAUUCAGCAGUCUUUGAUAGAUGUCAAUAAGGACUGGAGACAGAGCAUCAACACCAUAGAAAACCUCAAGGAUGUUAAGGAUGCUGUAGUGCAACAUAGCCAACUGGCAGCUGCAGUAGAAAAUCUUAAGAACAUCUUUUCAGUUCCAGAGAUAGUCAGGGAGACCCAAGAUCUGAUUGAGCGAGGGGAACUUCUGCAAGCUCAUCGAAAACUGAUGGAUUUAGAGUGUUCUCGUGAUAACCUGAUGUAUGAGCAGUAUCGCAUGGACAGCAAAAACACACAUGACAUGAACCUCAUUCAUACAUACUUUGGGGAUAUGCAGAAACUUUCUGAGGAGUUGGCAAAGCAACUUUGGAUGGUGGUUCAAAGAUCGCUUGUAACAGUCCGUCGAGAUCCAACCUUGCUUGUUUCUGUUGUUAGGAUAAUUGAGAGGGAGGAGAAAAUUGACAGGCGCAUGUUAGACCGGAAAAAACAAACUGGAUUCAUACCUCCUGGCAGACCAAAGAAGUGGAAAGAAAAGAUGUUUAACAUUUUGGAAAGAACUGUGAGCACACGAAUUGAAGGCACUCAAGCAGAUACUAGAGAAUCUGACAAAAUGUGGCUUGUGCGUCAUCUAGAAAUCAUACGUAAAUACGUCCUUGACGACCUGCUGGUGGCUAAAACCCUGCUGGAUCAAUGUUUUCCUCCCCAUUAUGACAUUUUCAACAAAUUGUUAAACAUGUACCAUCAGGCUUUGUCCACCCGCAUGCAAGAGCUUGCUGCAGAGGAUCUGGAAGCAAAUGAGAUUGUUAGCCUUCUAACCUGGGUUUUAAAUACAUACAAAAGUGCAGAGAUGAUGGGAAAUUCAGAACUGUCUCCCGAAGUGGAUGUAAAUUCUCUGAAUCCUCUGCUUUCACAAAACGUGGUAGACCAGCUUCUUAGCAAGUAUAUGUCAACACUUACUUCCAACAUCAUCGGCUGGCUACGAAAGGCGCUGGAGACAGACAAAAAAGACUGGAUAAAAGAAACUGAACCAGAAGCAGAUCAAGAUGGGUACUAUCAGACUACGCUCCCAGCUAUUGUUUUCCAGAUGUUUGAGCAGAAUCUUCAGGUGGCUGCUCAGAUAAAUGAAGAUUUGAAAACAAAGGUACUCCUUCUAUGUCUUCAACAAAUGAAUUCAUUUCUAACCAGGUACAAAGAUGAAGCACAGUUGUAUAAAGAAGAACAUCUUAAAAAUCGUCAGUAUCCUCAAUGCUAUGUUCAAUACAUGAUUGCAGUCAUCAACAACUGUCAAACCUUUAAAGAAUCUAUAAUCAGUCUGAAAAGAAAGUACUUGAAAAUUGAAAUGGAAGACACGUCAAGCAGUCAUACAAGCAUGGAUGCAACUUUAGACAUCAUUGCCAAAGAAGGAUGCUUUAGCCUGCUAGAUGAAGUCUUCAUGGAUUUAGAGCCACAUCUCAAUGAGCUGAUGACAAAGAAGUGGUUGAUGGGGUCUAAUGCAGUGGGGACUAUCUGUGUCACUGUAGAGGAUUAUUUCAAUGACUUUGCAAAAAUAAAAAAGCCUUAUAAAAAGACAAUGACUGUGGAGGCCCAUCGGAGAGUAGUUGUGGAAUACAUCAGAGCAAUCAUGUUAAAACGUAUAUCUUUCAAGAAUGCAGAAGAGAGAAAAGAGGGUGCAGAAAGAAUGAUCAAAGAAGCAGAACAGUUCAGAUUUCUGUUUAAGAAGCUUGCGGCUGGCUCUGGAGAGGACACUGAAGGACUCUGUGACAUCAUUGAAGCCAUUGCAGAGGUUAUCAAGCUAACUGAUCCUUCGCUGCUCUAUCUGGAAGUUUCAACUUUAGUCAGUAAAUACCCAGAUAUCAGGGACGACCAUAUUGCAGCUUUGCUGACAGUGAGAGGCGAUGCCAGCAGAGAUAUGAAGCAGACCAUCAUAGAGACUUUGGACCAAGGUCCCAGCCAACCAAAUCCAAACUAUGUGCCAAUUUUUAAAGAAAUUACAGUUCCUACUCUAACUGUGCCAAAACUUCUUAAGUAACUGACAACUCUGUCUCCUUACUCCUUGGGGAUCAACAGGCUUGAAAUAUUUAAGGGCAAAUUUGUCAAUGCUGUUUCGAGUAAAGCUCAAUGUACACUGAUACUUGCUAGGCAUGUUUCUUUCUAAAGACUUGGAUGUGAGGAAAUGUAAUCAGAUUUCUGAAAGGAGACGGCUGUAAAGGUCAUGUGUGAAGAAUGAAGCUUGUAAUGGCCAGGGGGCUUUUUACUGACCUAUUUGUUACAGCCGUUUUUGCUGUCAGCAAAUAAAUUUUUCAUGUGGAAUAUGUUUUCACGGUGCACUGCAGUGCCGUAUAAAGAUAGUUAUACCCAAAACAACAGAGCUGUAUUAGUGCUGCAUAUACUAACACACAUCGCUUACAACACCUAAGCAGACUCCUUCUGAACGGUCUUUAUAUGGCACUGCGUU